CCCCCGGCGGGUUCUGCCUCUGCGGUUGGUCGCCCGCCGCGGUGGGCAUCGUCCUUCUCCCAGCCGGGCCCGACAGAGAGCGACCGCAGCGAGGAACAGGUCUUCCUCAGCGAGAGCUGCGUGAAGAGGCUGCUGGAGAUCACAGAAGGCUCAGAGUUUCUUAGGCUGCAGGUGGAAGGGGGUGGCUGCUCUGGAUUCCAGUACAAGUUUUCCUUGGACACGGUUAUCGGUCCUGAUGACAGGGUGUUUGAACAAGGUGGUGCCCGUGUGGUGGUGGAUGUGGACAGCCUGGCCUUCGUGAAAGGUUCUAUGGUGGACUUCAGCCAGGAGCUGAUUCGCAGCUCCUUCCAGGUGGUGAGCAACCCCCAGGCAGAGAAGGGUUGCUCCUGUGGGACUUCCUUCUCUGUCAAAUUCUGA